GUGGCGGCGGGGGGGAUGUGGAGAGCGGGCAUGGCCGCCGGGGACGGGCUGGGCCCGGCGCUCCGCGCCGUCACCGAGCAGGUGCAGCAAGCGGCGGCGCGGCGGCCGCAGGGGCUCCCGGCCGUGCAGCCGCGGCUCGUGGCCGUCAGCAAGACCAAACCAGCAGAGAUGGUGAUGGAAGCCUACAGCCAUGGGCAGCGCAGCUUCGGGGAGAACUACGUUCAGGAGCUGCUGGAAAAGGCAUCAGACUCCAGGAUUCUCUCAUCCUGCCCAGACAUCAAGUGGCAUUUCAUUGGCCACCUGCAGAAGAACAAUGUCAACAAGCUGAUCGCUGUCCCAAACCUGUUCAUGCUGGAAACAGUGGAUUCUGUGAAGCUGGCAGACAGAGUGAACAGCUCAUGGCAGAAAAAAGGCUCACCCCAGAGGCUGAAGGUCAUGGUGCAAGUUAACACCAGCGGGGAGGACAGCAAGCAUGGCCUUGCCCCUGGGGACACCACGGCUGCUGUGGAGCAUGUCAUCACCAAGUGCCCCAGCCUGGAGUUUGUGGGGCUGAUGACCAUUGGCAGCAUCGGCCAUGACCUCAGUAAGGGGCCAAAUCCUGACUUCCAGGUGCUGCUGUCCCUCAGGCAGGAGGUGUGUGAGAAGCUGAACCUGCCCCUGGACAAGGUGGAGCUGAGCAUGGGCAUGUCCACAGACUUCCAGCACGCAAUAGAGGUUGGAUCCACCAACGUCAGGAUCGGGAGCACCAUUUUUGGAGAGAGGGAUUAUUCCAACAAAACCACUGGAGGCAAGGCUCCUGCAGGGGGUGGAGGCCAAGCAGAGGCUGUGACAGUGCAGGGCCACUAAAGGGAACACAAGUGGCCUCAGCAGAGCAGAGACCUCACUAUGCAUUUUACCUCCCUCCGUGUCGGCACCCACCCUGAUGGUGAGAGGGAAUUCCUCAGAGCAGGGGCCAGAAUGCCUCAUGAUCAUUGUGAUUCUAGAGUACCCCUAAAAACUGGAGAUCUGCUUAACCAACAAGGAGAUUGAGGGUUGGAAGUGGCUGUGGUGUCUUGGUUCCUCAGGGUCAUCAAGGACAGAGACUUUGGGGUAACUGGGCUGGACAAACACACCCCCAAAGGUGUUUGUCAGGCUGGAGUUGCUGCUGAGCAAGGUGGGUGGCACUGCAGCAGUGCUGGUGGUUGUUUUUGCUGAGGACUUCAUUCAACACGUGAUGAUCUUGCCAGAAACCUGUAAAUGUUCCCCCAAAUACAAGUUUUGCCCGUGGAUGGUCACACAGGAGCUGGGAUGGGGCCCAGGAGAGGCCGUGGGGGAGGGUGAGUGACAGGCACAGGGGACUGAGGAGCUCAGCUGCCACUGUGAGUUCAUGCUGUGAGGCUUUGGCUGCACAUCACAAGUGUGGGAGUGACUUUUCAGCUCAAUUUUAUCCUUUUCAGGCUGACACUGACUUUUCCCAUGGCUGCCCAAAUGUGGAAUGCUUUCCCCCCUUCCCUUCCUUUCCCCUCCUCUGUUGUUGGGAAUUAUUUUCAUCCUGCCUGGUAGUUUUGCUGCUGUUUUUUGGUCAGAAUGGAGGUUUUCUGCCAGCUUGCUGCUGCUUUCCAAGGUGAUUCCCUCAUGGUUUGGUGCCUGUGCCAUCCCCUUUACACCUGUGUGAGGAUAACAGUGCUUGGCUCAGGGCAGAAUAAUUCAGAAAAGGAACUUUUAUUGUCCCACUGCAUUCUGGGUUCCUGAAAAAAAAAAUCAUUUGGCCACUGAGAGAGUUUCUAAGCUGUGUCUUAACAUCUUCUCAUGCUUUUGGAAGAGGGAAAUGGGAAAUGCAGUAAGUUCCCAUCAGGUGUGAGCAGACCUCCUGCCUCGUCCUGUGUUGUUCAGCCAGUCUCACAACCCAUGUCCCAGCUGAUUUUUGGGCUUUUGUGUCUGCUGAGAGGAGGAGGAGAGCUCAGCUGCCAGCAGGACCAUCCUCCCCAGGCUUUGCUCUGUGUGCUCCGUGUGGUUCCACCUCGCUGUUGGUUUCACUCUCUCUAAAAUCUGAAUGUAAAUGAGAAGAGAACUCCACCCCCAACCUGUCGUAGCUCCGUGGUUUAGAAGCACCGAGGGGUCGGGGCCGCCCCCCUCGGCUGCACCGUGUGUGGUUCAUAGUCCUGUAAUAAACAGUGCUCAGUGCAAUGCCAUCUGUGCCAGCUCAAAAGCUAUUAAAGAUGUUAUUUUUA